GGGCCGGGUGAACACUGAGUAGGCUGACCAGAAGCAGAUUUUAAUGCUGUGUCUCUGAACUCUGUUUUUCGGCAUACUACCGCUUAGAUCGAGGUAAAUUUGCUACAGAAUAUUAGCAUACUAUCCCAGCAGUGGACUGGCAGUGCAAGUAGCGUAUAUCUCUCAGGCCUGGUAGAAGAUAUCGCGAUUCUUCAGUGAUAACUGUAAACUUGUGUGCGCGGUGACUGACUCCAACAGGCCUACUCGCCAAGCUUCAGUUGCAGGCAAGGAAGAUGCAAUCUGGAAAAUAGGCACAUGCAAAUCUAAGCUGGUUUGAGCGAGUGUACAGCCUAUACAUUCAAUAGGUGGGUACGAGCUAUGGCUAGUGCUGACAGUACUGUCAAUAGUGCCCAUGACAUGGAAACGGUCUCAAGUCCCCCUCCUUCUAUGGAUGUUGAUAUUUCACCCGAUACCACAGCUCUUGGUAUAGACCAGGGCACUAAUACGAACCCUCAUAGUAGCUUUGAUAGUACACCUGAUCCAGUGGAGGCCCUUGACUCUGAGGCUAGUGAGAAAUGUACAAAGGCGAGUGUUAAUACAGGUGGAGAGUUUCAGGCUUGCACCAAGAUAGUGAGAGAAAUACUGGAAAGACGAGAGGUGGGAAAUGACAGCGGGCAAGUAUUUGGUCAGGAAAUGGAUUCAGUUAAUGACGAAGCCCCAGGAGAAGAGUCACUACAAAAUAGUGAGAUGAGUGUGAAAGAGAAAAGAUAUGACGAAAGCAUGGAGAGGGAUGAGAACACAAACGCCGUAGAGGAUGACAGGAGUGAGUUAGUUAGCACAACGCCGCGGAAGAAGAAGCAAGGGCGCUCCAGGCCUAAGAAAAUCAAGCAAGCGCAGGACGAGGAGGAAGGGGAGGCUGGCUGCGAGGAAGAGUCAGGUUUGACACCAAAGAAGAGAGGCCGUCCGCGAAAGACCAAGGAAGGCGAGACGUAUUCCCCUCCCUGUCGACGGAAAAACCCACACAUUGCACGGCUGCCUGGAUCCAGACUUAAGAUAUGCAGCCACUGCGGUACAGUGGCCGACAAGGUGAAGGCAAAGAAAUGCCUAAAGUGUAAA